AGAAAAUUCUGUUCAUAUUUAGCCUUGACUUUGUUUGGUGAAGACGUUCAUUCUGUUUAGUUCCAUAAAUAGAUUUUGAAAAAUAUGAAGCUUAUAGUUUUGUUAUUAAUUGCUAUUAUUGCUGUCAUCGUUCCUUCGACAUCACAUGUGAUCAAGAAAAGAUUUCUUUUUAACAAAUUUCGUCCACAUGGUUAUGGAUAUGGAUAUGGCUAUCCAGUAAUUCCAGCAUAUCCUGUAGUUCCUAUUGCUCCUAUAGCUCCUAUUGCACCCAUUGGAUUUGCGGGCCCAUUUGGAGGAGGUUUCGGACCUUAUGGUGGUGGAUUUGGUCAUGGAUGUAGGUUUCUAUCAAUUUAUUAAAAAAAAAUACUUUGAAUUCUUAGAACUUUUAUCUUUAAAGAUUCUUAUGGCUACGCUGGAAGCUAUGGAUAUGGAGGGUUUGGCAAGUGAAAGAACUUAAUUUUAAUAUUCUAAGUCAGCUUGUAUAUAUAGCUUUAAAUUAUUGCCUGAAAUAAAAUAAGAGAUUAACAAUACUUCCUGUCCUUGAAAGAGUUUGAGUAUACAGAUAUUUUAAUACCGGUCAAAUACCUUGG